GCAAAGACAGAUUAAAAGCAAUAUACUAAGAUAGUUUUGGAGUCUCUCUCUUUCAAAUCUCUACUUUACUUCCAACGUUCACUUUCUGUUUUUUUGUUCUUCCUACGUCGACGGAAAAAGCCAAAGAGGAAGGAGAAAUGGAGUCACAGAACUAUGGUCACCGACAUCCCUUGCUUCUUCUUUUGAAUGAAGAUCAGCGGAUUGUAGCUAACUGCUCAAGUUGUGGAGAGAAGGUGUCAACUCCAUGUUUUAGCUGUGCCCAGGAUUGUGGGUUUUACCUUCACAAGGUAUGUGCUGAGGCACCUUUGGAGCUUAAUCACCCUUUUCAUCUCGACCAUACUCUUCUUCUUAUGCAAGCGCCACCAUAUCCCGUUAUUUGCAAUUUCUGCUAUGAAAUAUGUAAGAAAUUCGUUUAUCACUGCUCUUGCGAUUUUGACUUGCAUAUUAAAUGUGCUUUAUUUACACUUAAUAUGGCUGAGAAUAAUUUGAAAGAGCUUGAGCAUGUUGCCCUUCAAGAUCCAUUGAUUUCCACUGAAAAUGGUGAUUAUGUUGCUAUAUGUGCUUUGGGUGUUGGGAACCAUUUGUAAAUUAUACACAUUUUUCUCUUGAUUGUGGAUUUAAUUUACAUGAGAAAUGUGCUAAGCUUCCUCUCAAAUUGAAUUUUAUGUACCAUCCUCAACAUCCUCUUGUUUUACAAUUUAACAAUGCGAGACUUUCUUGCAAGAUAUGCAAAGCAACUA